AGCAAGAGGGAGCAAGACGGACAUUAAAUACGAUGAUUCGUUCUGUCCAGUGGCAUUCAAAGAGGCUACAGCACUCGCUGGCACCAAACAUCUCACAAUUGCUGAAGAAACCGCCUGCUUUGGACUCCGCGCUAACAGUCAACGGGUAUGUCAAGUCAGUGCGCUCUUUGAAGAAAGUGUCCUUUGUUGACCUCUUUGACGGUUCCACUCACGAGUCGCUGAUGUGUGUCUUGUCACCAGCUGAUGCUGAGCAGCUGAAGACGGGACAGAGCGUGAGGUUCCAGGGGACCUGGAAGCAGUCGAAGGGGAAAGAGCAGCCCUUUGAGCUGAAGACACAGGCAGUCGAAGUGCUGGGCGACGUACCAGCAAACUACCCCCUACAAAAGAAACUACACUCGUUGAAGUUUCUCAGAACGAUUCCUACGCUACGCUGGAAAACCGGCUAUCUGUCCUCGAUCCUGCGGUUCAGAUCACAGGUUGACGGAAGAUUACACCGGUUCUUUGAAGAUGAAGGGUUCUUCAAGACAAACCCGCCGAUCAUCACGGGCUCUGACUGUGAAGGAGCCGGUGAGCUGUUCCAGGUUGAGUCCAAGUCGAAGGAGUCCCAGCCAUUCUUCGGUAAGAGCGCGUAUUUGACCGUGUCGACUCAGUUGCACCUUGAAGUGCUGUGCUGCGCAUUGGGCAAAGUUUGGUCAUUAUCACCAACUUUCAGGGCAGAGGAGAGCGAUACCAACAGGCACCUGAGUGAGUUUUGGAUGCUGGAAGGCGAGAUUGCCUUCAUCGACAACGUCCAGCAGCUGACAAAGUUCACUGAACGGAUGAUCAAGAGCAUCGUCAAGGAUCUCGUCGAGGACAACAACGGCAUCGCUACCAACCUGCUGAAGUCGCAGAGAUCCGAAGAGGGCAUGGAGCAAGCCAUUGGGAAGCUACAACAGAGAUGGAGCUCUCUGUACACUGAAGAGUGGCCUUGUAUCACCUAUUCAGAGGCAUUGGACAUCUUGAAGCGUUCUGGCGUGAAGUUCCAGAUCCCCGUGAGAUACGAGGAUGGACUCGCCUCAGAGCACGAGAAGUGGCUCGCAGGUGAGCACUUCCACUCACCGGUGUUUGUCGUUGAUUAUCCAAAGGAGAUGAAGCCCUUCUAUAUGAAGUUGAACGACGACAACAGCACAGUGGCAUGUUUCGAUCUACUGGUCCCUGAGGUUGGCGAAAUCAUCGGUGGCUCCGUGAGAGAGCACUCGCUGGAGAAGCUCCACACUGAGAUAGAACAGAGAGGCAUGAACAAGCAGGAUCUACAGUGGUAUCUAAGCACAAGGGAGAACGCCACGGUGCCUCAUGGUGGAUUCGGCCUCGGCUUCGAGAGGUUGCUGUGCUAUUUGAGUGGUGUUUCCAACGUGAGAGACGUCGUUCCAUUCCCAAGAGCCCACGACGAGUGCGAAGCUUGAACCACUUAGCCAUGUUUAUAUAUACAAGAAGAAGCAUAGAACGUGUAAAUAGC